AUGGAUUCACUGCUUGGCACCCAAGUGCUGGGUUAUUGGCAGGAGGAUGAGUCCUGGUACCGCUGCCUCCUCUUGAAGCGCCGGAGCGACGGUCGCCUCAAGGUCCGCUGGGAAGAUGAGACCGUGGCGCUGCUCUCCGCCGCGGAGGUGAGACCUUCCAAGCGCCGCAGGGACCGGAGAGUCGGUGAGUCGGUGCCACGCUCGCUGGUGGAAGGAAGAAGACAUGUCCUUCCGCCACAUCGCUAUGUCUUAGCUCCUAUGGUUGGAGGUUCAGAACUCCCAUUUCGGAUGAUGACCAGGCAGUAUGGAACCCAGCUUUGCUACACGCCCAUGAUUUAUUCGGGCCCCUUUUCCCGAGAUCCUGCAUACAGAGCCGCUGCGGAGAAUGGCUUUCAGACGUGUCCAGAAGACAGACCACUGGUGGUCCACUUUUGUGGAAAUGAUCCAGAAGUCUUGUUGGCUGCGGCCAAACAUGUUGCAGACCGCGUGGAUGCCAUUGAUCUGAACUUGGGAUGUCCACAGCGCGUGGCGCACGCGGAGCAUUUCGGGGCAUAUCUGCUUGACGAGAAGGACCGACCUUUGCUUUGUAGCAUUGUGAAGCGGCUAUCAGAGGCGCUUCCCGUGCCGGUCUUUUGCAAGAUUCGUUUGCUGGAUCGCUUGGAAGAGACUUUGCAGCUGGUGAGACAGCUGGAAGCUUCUGGCGCGAGUUUGAUUGCGGUGCACGCGCGGUACCGCGGCACACCGACCCACCGAAGAGAUGGCCCAGCGCAUUUGGAUCAAGUGGCGAUCAUCAAAAAACACGUCAAGGUCCCGGUGCUGGCGAAUGGGAAUGUGAAGUCCUGGUCUGAUGUUGUCGCAAAUCUUCAGCUCACUGGUGCAGAUGGCGUGAUGUCAGCAGAGGGCAUGCUGGAUGAUCCUUGCUUGUUCGCUGGUGAGUGCAAGACUGGAACAUUGGAGAAGGAGCUACGGAAGAUUGAGAAGAAGAAGGCAACUGGCGCUGUUCUCUCCUCACAAGAAGAAGAGAAGGUCGGACGGCGCAAGGAAUUGAAGCAGGAACGCAAGGGUCUUUUGGAGCGUGUUGCAAAACAGAAUCAAAGAAAAACGGAGAGAAUGGAGGUUCCAAAGGAUGGUUUGGCCAAAGCCCGCCAAUACUUGGCCUUUGUCAAGAAAUAUCCACCUUCGCCCCCAUUGUCCACUUUGAUUUUUCAUUGUCGUCGGAUGGCCAAGUCUGAGCUUACCACCUACCAACUCUUGGAGGAUUUCAAGGCCGCCUCAUCCCUCUCCGAGGUUCAACGCAUGCUUUCAAAGGCCGAAGGUUAUCGCGAUGCUCCUGGAACCUUCCAGGCGAGCAAGGAGAAAGAAGAGGAGGAUAGGCAGCUACGAGCACAGCAAGCCUAUGAGAUGGACUGCCGGCGGAAAUACGAACAGCGGAUGGCCCGCAAGGCUGCUCGCCUGGGGGUGUCACUACAAGAAGUCAUGAAGGGCUCGUCGGUACCAGGGGGAUCCCUUCAUUUCAACAACGAACCCAGUUGGCUGACAGAGAAGGGUGAUGUGGCAGACCCCGUGGACAAGAAGGCAGGAAAAAGGUGA